GGAGAAGCCGAACCUCGCCGCUCCGUCAGAGCCACCAAGGGCCAGCAUACCAAGGCCUUUGACGAGCUGGAGGCCCCCGUGCCGAAACGUCGACAGACCAAGAAGAACAAAAAGGCGCAGGCGCAGGAGAAGGAACAGUCGCAGGAGCCCGACGAGGUGAUCCGCUGCGUGUGCGGCGCCACCGAGCAGGACGAAGACUCCAACGAAGCCUGGAUCGCGUGCGAGACGUGCCUGGUGUGGCAGCACAAUGUCUGCGUUGGCGUGAGCUCGUACGAAGACGAGAUUCCCGAGCACUACUGGUGUGAGCAGUGCAAGCCCGAGAACCACCGGGAGCUGCUGGACGCCAUUGCCCGCGGCGAGAAGCUGUGGGAGGAGCGGCGAAAGGCGCACGAGGAGGAGGCCGAGCGGAAGAAGAAGCGCGGCGGCCGCAAGAAGGGCAAGCGAGGCAGCGAUAUCCGGGAGGAAGCCGACAGGGACGCGGCUCAGGCCAAGGCGUCGCCGACCCCGGAUGCGGUCGCAAGAGAGAAGAAGGACGUGACGGGCGUGGCCAAGCAGGGCAAGCGAAAGGCGAGAGAGGACUCGCAGGAUGGAGACGGAAAGACCACCAAGAUGCGACGUGUAUCAGAGGACGAGGCCGUGGCUUCGGCUUCGGCUUCUGCUUCCGCCUCCGCCUCUGCCGCCGCGUCUCCCCAGGUCAAGUACACGCCUCCACCAGACUUGACGCCGUCCAUCCAGGAGCUCCCCGGCACGCGAGUCGGCCCUGCAAAGGCGCUGAAGAAGUCGCUGGCCCAUGUCAUUACAUCCCUAUCCAAGAGCGGCCACAUCCAACUACCAGCGGAUGAAAGCGCAGAAUCCCUCGCCGAAAAGUAUGCGCUUCAGAUCGAGCGCGCCGUCUUCGACACGCACCCGCUUUCCAAAGGCCAGAAGGAGUACAGCCAGCAGAUAAAGUCGCUGACGUUCAACCUCAAGAACAACCCCGAGCUGUUCCAGGGCCUUUGGGCGCACGAGCACUCGCCCAUGACGCUCGCCGUCAUGACGUCGGAGCAGCUCGCCUCGUCUGAGCUGCAGAGGCAGACUGCAGAGAUGAAGGCCAGGGCCGAGAAGCAGUCCAUCCUGUACACAUCCGACACAGGGCCUCGGGUGAGACGCACGCACAAGGGCGAAGAAAUCGUCGAAGACGACAGCCUCAUCAGCAGCGAUGCACCCAUGCCAUCUGCCGGGGGCCCCCGUGCGGGAGGUGAGGAGAAACAGGGCCAGGCGGAGCGAGAACGACAGCAGCAACAGCAGCAGCAGUACCAGCAGGGGCAACAAACGCAUCAACACGUUAAGCGCGAGUCGAUCGGAGGAGGAGAGCUGGGAGGAGAGCACUCGCCCACCCAGUCGAAUUUCGACAUUGGCAAGGUCUUCUCCGCCGUAAAGUCCCCUACGGCUGCUCACCGUCGCCGGCCUUCCGCGCCGGUCUUGACCACAAAUGGCCCUGGCUUCGACCCCGACGUCGACAGGAUGCUGCAGGACGAGAACGAGUCGCCCCCUUACUCACCCACAGAGGAAACCUCGGAUCCCGAUGUCGUCUGGCGCGGCUCCCUGGCGAUGAGCUCCAUUGCCGACUUCGAGGCUACGGCCAAGCACAUCGGAGGCGCCAACUUUGCCUCGUUUGGCCCCUGGUCGAAGCUGAUCCCGCGUCAGAUGACAGUGGCCGGCCGCAUCCCUCAGCAGGCCGCCAUCGAGUACUUGUGCAGUCUGCGAUACAGCAACCUGACCGAUAUCAUCGUUGUCAACAUCACGCCCACAUCGCCAGACGCUAAGCAGGAGUUCAACAACCUCAUCAACUACUUCGUCAGCAAGAACCGAUAUGGCGUCGUCGGCAAUAAGGUCGCCGGCAACGUCCGGGACACGUACCUGGUGCCUGUUCCUGCAGGUGAAGACGGCCACCCCGAGUUUAUGCUGAACCUAGUGGACAACUACAUUCCCAAGUCGAGGCCUGAGCCUCUGCUGCUGGCCGUCUUUGUCUACCGCAACGAGCCAGACCAGCUGAAGCAGCUUCUUAACAACGAGGCGGCUAUUGCUGCUGCUGCGUCGUCUGCGACGUCGACGAGUCAGAGUCACGCGAAUUCCCAAGCUCCGCCACCUCCUGCUCCUACGCCAGCCGGAUACAGCCAGCGAAGCAACUCGAUUUCAGGCCCGGCCUUUUCACCCGCCACGCCUCAGAUAGCCUCCUCCCCGUUCCCCAAUGCGCCUCCCCCCAACGGCCACGGACAGUCUGCUACGCCGGUUCCCGUCCCUCAGGUGCCGCAUCACAACCGCCCUGCCCCUCCCCAUAAUGCGCAGGUACCGUCAUCAGCGUCAUCCCAGACAACGCCCCCUAUGCAGCAGCAACAGCAGGCACCGGACGACCAGAGAAAGCAAGCCCAGCAGGAUGCAGGGGUGAUCACCGCGAGAGAAGUGCUGGGGCCCCUUAUCAGCGUGCCUACUGUGCAGUUCAUUCUCCCGCAGGCGUAUCAAAUGACGAGACGGGAGUGGGAGGUCAUCAAGGUCAUUAUCGAAAGAGAUCCGCGCGCUAGAGACGACUUGAAAUAUUUGGCCGAUCUACUGGAAAAGGAAGGGACUGCUGGAGGA